GCGUCGGCGCCCGGCUCGCUCCAGCUGUCCGGGUUCAGCCGGGCUUCGGGGGAGCAUGGCACAGGAGCUGCACCACCCCGAGUUCGCCCGCGCCGGCAGGCAGGCGGGGCUGCAGAUCUGGAGGAUCGAGGAGCUGGAGCUGGUCCCGGUGCCCGAAGGCGCGCACGGCGACUUCUUCGUGGGCGACGCCUACGUGGUGCUGCACACCGCGCGGACCAGCCGGGGGUUCGCCUACCGCCUGCACUUCUGGCUGGGAAAGGAGUGCUCGCAGGAUGAGAGCACGGCCGCUGCCAUCUUCACCGUCCAGAUGGACGACUACCUGGGAGGCAGGCCGGUGCAGAGCAGGGAGCUCCAGGGCUUCGAGUCCACAGACUUCGUGGGCUACUUCAAAGGAGGCCUGAAGUACAAGGCUGGAGGUGUGGCAUCAGGACUCAACCAUGUUCUCACCAACGACCUGUCGGCCCAGAGGCUCCUGCACGUGAAGGGGCGCAGAGUGGUCAGGGCCACUGAAGUUCCCCUCAGCUGGGACAGUUUCAACAAGGGCGACUGCUUCAUCGUAGACCUUGGCUCUGAAUUGAACUCAGGACCUUGUGCUUGCGAGGAAAUUUACCAGUGGUGUGGUUCCUCAUGCAACAAAUAUGAGCGUCUGAAAGCAAGCCAGGUUGCCAUUGGCAUUCGAGACAAUGAGAGGAAAGGAAGAUCUCAGCUCAUUGUGGUGGAAGAAGGAAGUGAACCUUUGGGACUUAUUGAGGUUUUAGGGAAAAAGCCAGAGCUUCGUGAUGGAGACAGUGAUGAUGACGCCAUAGCAGACAUCAGUAACAGGAAGAUGGCGAAGCUGUACAUGGUUUCAGAUGCAAGUGGCUCCAUGAAAGUGACGGUGGUGGCUGAAGAAAAUCCCUUCACAAUGGCAAUGCUGCUUUCUGAAGAAUGCUUUAUUUUGGACCAUGGUGCUGCAAAACAAAUUUUUGUAUGGAAAGGUAAAGAUGCUAAUCCCGAAGAGAGGAAGGCUGCAAUGAAGACAGCAGAAGAAUUUCUACAGCAAAUGAAUUACUCCACCAAUACUCAAAUUCAGGUUCUUCCAGAAGGAGGUGAGACACCAAUCUUCAAACAGUUUUUUAAAGACUGGAAAGAUAAAGAUCAGAGUGAUGGCUUUGGGAAAGUUUAUGUCACAGAGAAAGUGGCUCGAAUAAAACAAAUUCCAUUUGAUGCCUCAAAGUUACACAGUUUUCCGGAGAUGGCAGCCCAGCACAAUAUGGUGGAUGAUGGUUCUGGCAAAGUGGAGAUUUGGCGUGUAGAAAGCAAUGGUAGAAUUGAAAUUGACCCAAACUCCUAUGGUGAGUUCUAUGGUGGUGACUGCUACAUUAUCCUCUACACUUAUCCCAGGGGGCAGAUCAUCUACACGUGGCAGGGAGCAAAUGCCACACGAGAUGAACUGACCAUGUCUGCGUUCCUGACUGUCCAGUUGGAUCGGUCCCUGGGAGGGCAGGCUGUGCAGGUCCGAGUCUCCCAAGGCAAAGAGCCUGCUCACCUGCUGAGUUUGUUCAAAGACAAACCACUCAUUGUUUACAAGAAUGGGACAUCCAAGAAAGGCGGACAGGCCCCGGCUCCGCCUGUGCGCCUCUUUCAAGUCCGGAGAAACCUGGCAUCUGUUACCAGGAUUGUGGAGGUACCGUCACUGUCGCCCACUCAGGUUGAUGUUGAUGCAGAUUCAUUGAAUUCCAAUGAUGCCUUUGUUCUGAAACUGCCCCGCAAUGCUGGCUACACCUGGGUAGGAAAAGGUGCCAGCCAGGAGGAGGAGAAGGGAGCAGAGUAUGUGGCAAAUGUUCUGGGGUGCAGCACUGCAAGGAUUCAGGAAGGCAAGGAGCCAGAGGAGUUUUGGACCUCCCUCGGAGGGAAGAAAGAAUACCAGACCUCGCCACUGCUGGAAACGCAGGCUGAAGACCAUCCGCCCCGGCUCUAUGGCUGCUCCAACAAAAGCGGAAGGUUCACUAUUGAGGAGGUUCCAGGAGAGUUCACCCAGGAUGACUUAGCAGAGGAUGACGUUAUGCUACUAGAUGCUUGGGAACAGAUAUUUAUUUGGAUUGGCAAAGAUGCCAAUGAAGUUGAGAAAACAGAAUCACUGAAGUCUGCCAAAAUGUACCUUGAGACAGAUCCUUCUGGAAGAGAUAAGAAGACUCCAAUUGUCAUCAUAAAACAGGGACAUGAGCCACCCACAUUCACAGGCUGGUUUCUGGGCUGGGAUUCCAGUAGGUGGUAAAUUGAUUUUUGUUAAAAAAUAAACAAGCGUUAGAGGCACAUUAAAGGCAGUUGUCUCAUUGCUGGUGGGGAGGGGGUGCUUUUUGUUUGUUUGGCUUUAGAAAAUUAACCUCAGCCAAAUGGCUAUUUUUAUGCCAAGUAUUGGUUAAAAUUCUUUUUAAAGGAAAUUUUGUAUGUUAAUAUAUUGAAAUAACCUAAAGUAAAGUUUUGUUAAGGGAUAAUAUUAGCUGUUCUGAAAACAGGUUUAUACCUUUUUAUAUGACCUUUUAAAAACAAAAUGCUUUGUAUUUUCUAGGGAAUUUGUCAGGUAGGAAAUUUUAUAAUUUAGCAAACCUUAGCCAGACUUGUUCUUUAAUAUGCCAGAGAAGAAAGCCAUUGUACCUUUGAAGUUUUUCUCUUUCCUAUGUAUUGUCUUCAAAAUAAUUGUAUAUUUUCAGUAAGGUUUAUGUUAAAAUGGCUUUAAAAAUGUGUUAUUUGCUUUCUUUAGUCAAUGUGACUUUGAUACCAUUAACUCCUAAGUGUCAUCUUCCAAAAGAAACUUUCUCUUGUUGCUUUUUGAAGUCACAGCUCUUUCAUGGUAAAUUGUGUUCUUAGCAGUUUAGCUGUAUGUAUUUGACUGUACAUGUUUACUAUUACAGCAGAUACACACAGAAAACUUUACUAAUGCGCUUUCAUCAUUAAAAUACAUCUUUCUGAAAA